AUUCAUUAAGAUCACGUAAGAACUCAGAGGGAAACGUGACUCUGAGCUAAGGCGUUUGCGUAAAUCUAUAGGUUUUUAAAACUCCCUGCCAGUUGCUUUCUGUCUUCUGUAGGCACCAAGGUGGUGGAGAGUUUAAGCUUGCGGAUAUUGCAAAGGGUUAUUAGAUUCAUAAGUCACACCAAGUGGUGGGCGAUCCACUGAGCAAAGCAGAAGUUCUCACAUGAUGACUUCAAACAAGACACAUUACCUUCCAGCAUCUGUUGGAGAGACUGGAUUUUAAACCACUUCUGUCUCCAGGACAGCAAAGAAACAAUGUUCCACCAAGUGAGAAGAGUGAUGACCAUCCUUUUCUUUACUAUGGUUAUCUCAUACUUCACUUGCAUGAAAGCUGCCCCAAUGAAAGAAGCCAGUCUAAGAGGACAAGGCAGCUUGGCUUACCCAGGUCUCCGGACCCACGGGACUCUGGAGAGCAUAAACGGGCCCAGUGCCGGUUCCAGGGCGCUGACAUCGUUGGCAGACACCUUUGAGCACGUCAUAGAGGAGCUCUUGGACGAGGAGCAGGACAUCCAGCCCGGCGAGGGAAACAAGGAUGCAGACUUGUACACAUCCCGAGUGAUGCUAAGCAGCCAAGUGCCUUUGGAACCCCCGCUGCUGUUCCUGCUGGAGGAGUACAAAAACUACCUGGAUGCCGCCAACAUGUCGAUGCGCGUGCGGCGCCACUCGGACCCCGCGCGCCGCGGGGAGCUGAGCGUCUGUGACAGCACCAGCGAGUGGGUGACGGCCGCCGAGAAAAAGACUGCGGUGGACAUGUCUGGGGCCACCGUCACCGUGCUGGAGAAAGUCCCCGUGCCCAAAGGCCAGCUGAAGCAAUACUUCUACGAGACCAAAUGCAACCCCAAGGGGUACACAAAGGAGGGCUGCCGGGGCAUAGACAAGAGGCACUGGAACUCGCAGUGCCGAACUACGCAGUCUUACGUGAGAGCUCUCACCAUGGAUAACAAAAAGAGAGUUGGCUGGCGCUUCAUAAGGAUAGACACUUCUUGUGUAUGUACAUUGACCAUUAAAAGGGGAAGAUAGUGGAUUCGUGUUGUAUAGAUUAUAUUGAGACAAAAUUAUCUAUUUGUAUAUAUACAUAACAGGGUAAAUUAUUCGGUAAAAAAUAAUUUUAUGGACUGCAUGUAUGACUGAAGUUUAUACAGUACAGUGGUUACACAAUCUAUUUAUUGAACAUAUCCAUGACCUGAAGGGGAACAAUAGUCAUUUGCGCACAAGUUUAAACAAAGAAACAAAAAAAAAAAAAAAAAAAAAAAAAAGGAAAUCAAGCGAACAAAAAAGUCUGCAUUACAUUCCUCCAUAACAUUGUGGUUUGUCGCCGUUGCCAAGAAUUGAAAAUAUAAAAAAUUUUAAAAAAAAAAUAAAAUUGCAUGCUGCUUCAAUUGUGAAUUAAUGAUAAACUGUCCUCUUUCAGAAAAAUAAAUUGAACCAAAACAUUCUGUUUACAUUUUAGACAGUAAGUAUCUUUAGUCUGUUAGUAUAUAUGUUUACUGCUUCUAACUUCUGAUAGCGUUGAAAUUAAAACAAUGUCAAGGUGCUGUUGUCAUAGUUUUACUGUUUCUCUUUUACUUUUGAACUCCCAUCAGAUUAAAAAACAAAAAAAUCAUUACCUUAUUCUGGAUUAGAAAAAAAAUUUGGUUUUUGUAUGUUGUGAAGGUGUUUGCAAUAGCAGUCCGACUACUGACAAAAAAUAAUAAAAAGAGGCAACUGAAAAAGAAUGGUGAUGUUCCACUUCACAUUGUUGAACUUCAGGCUUAAAGACAACACUUAUUUAACUGUAUGGCAACACGCUUUUUUGGUUGUUGGGGGGGUGGUUUGUUGUUGUUGGGUUUUUUUUUUUUUGGUCUUUUUCCAUUUUCAGUCUUGAGACAUGCAUUUGCUUAUACCAUGUUUGCUUGUGUUUGAGAAUUUUUUUUCCCCUUUUCUCCCUCUGGAGGGACAUUGGUUGUGAUCUUUAAGUAUUUCACUUACCAUAGAACUGGAGCUUGUCAUAUAGAGAAUAUUCUAUAGUGUUCAGAGCAAUUAUUUUCCUAUAAUAAAAGACUGUGCUUGAAUCAAAUGUCUUGGUGAAGCACGGUGAGAGUGUCACUAGCAAAGGUCUAGAAAAGUGGAUGGAGGGUCUGAAAUCAGGCUGGUUGUGGGACUUUAUAGUUCAGCCAGUUUGGGAACAAAUAACACUGCUUUGGGUUGGCUGAGGUUGUCCCCGUUGCAAUCAUUACUGAAUGUGCAUUCUGUUAGAGAGCAAGAGCUUGGCCAUGUGCGUGGAUGCCUUUCCCCUGCAGAGCAUGCCAGCAGCCCCAGGCCUGCAGAGCUGGUGGGCAAACUCUGGGGCAUCUAUGCCUGAAAGAGCCCUGGAAACCAGCUUGGGAAUGGGACAGAGAGGAGCUGCUUCCAGCAGAAAGCAAUUGGCAUUGUGUUCAUGUGGCUUACCUUGUGAAACAAAUACUGCCACUAGAAAUCCACUCUGGAAGCAAAUCAGGAGCAAGUGCUGGCUUAGCUUGCUUAGGUCUGAGGGAUGUGCUCACUCUGUGCUCCCCCUCUGCUGACAGAAGUACUGCUAGAAAGGCAGGUUGUGAGGCUGAGAGCUGUGCACAGCACACUGGCCACAGUGGGCUGAGCACUGAAAUAGCUCCUUAGAAAGCUCACUGGAGGCUCAGGCUAUAUUUGUAGUUCCUGGAGAUAAAAAAUAGCUGAAGAGGUAGGAGAAUACUGCAAAAUAUAAUCUGCUUCUGAAUGCUGUAGAAUCUGUAUUUAUUAAAACUCUGACUGGGUAAAGCUGACAGAAAUAUGUUUGCCCCAGUAAUGCUCUUUGAAGAGCAUAUUUAAAACUGAUUUUGUGUCAUCACUGGUAGAAACCUAUGCUGGAAGGUAACAGACACUUUCACAUCAGUGAUUUCUGCUGCUUUGGGUAGAAGGGCAGCCCCUUCCUGAGGGUAACUGCCUGUCAAAGUGCCAGUGGCCAUGUGCACACCAGACGGAGUGAGAAGAGAGGGUUGUGUGACCCACCUGAGCUUCAAACUUCAGCCUUCCCCAUUGAUUGCUGAUGGGCAUUUCCCACAUAGAAAAAAAAAAAAAAAAAACAACCCAACCCAAAACCUUAUCGAAAUUCUCAAAACUUCAUCUCAGAUAAUCUUCAUGCAAAAUAAAUCAUGGAAUCAAAGACUGUUUUGUGUUGGAAGGGACCUUAAAGAUCAUUUUUAUCAUGGGCAGGUCCACCUUCCUCCUGAGCAUUUCACUCCCCUGGGGCCACACCUGUGUGUGUGUUGUAAUUUGCGUUGAGUAAAGCCAGUGUGACUCAGGAGCUGCUCUCAGCAGCACUCCUCACCUGCAGCAGACAAGUGCUGUAAUGCCGGCUCCUCUCAAAACAUGGGCUGGCUGCUGGGAAGGAAAGAAUGAUGCUGAUGUGGGAAUAACAAACAAAUCACUCAGCUAGACUGCAAGAGAUAGCUUGGAUCUGACAGGAGUCUAAUUCACAUACAGGAAUCCAGUAACUGCCAGUUCAAAGAAAUUUCCAAAAGAGAACUGUUAAUGCCCAAAUCAUGCUAGAAAUAAAUCUUCUUCCUUCCCAGAGUUAACUGUGGCUAUAUCCUUUACUUGUAAAUCCUCAGCUGGCACGGUGAGGGUGGUGCAGGUGUGGCAGAAUGAGAGGAGUGGGAUGGUGGCUUCAGAAGGAUGAAGGACAGCCCACGGAGCUGAGGGCACUGAGGGUGGAGCUGGAAGCCCAGAGAGCUGUGCCUGGUACCUGCACCAGAGUGAUGUAGAGAUUGUAGAGAUGUGAUUGAGAACAUGCCAGCUCUGUGCUCAGUAAGUGAUCAGUAAUUGAUAUUAUUGAUACUAUUGACAUUAUUGAUAUUGGCAAUCAACCUGGAGAACUGUGCCUGGCACCUACACCAGAGCAAUAUUCACCAGAACAUGCCAGCUCUGUGCUCAGUAACUGAUCAAUAAUUGACAUUAUUGAUAUUGGCAAUU